GGAUCGAGAGAGCACCCACACUAAUCUACCGUCUGCCUAUAUAAACCCCACUCUUUGCUCUCACUCGUGUCCAUUCUCUCCACUCCAUUCGCUUUGCUACUAGCUAACACAGCCACCCGUACAUAGCACUAGCAGCAGCAGCAGGGUAGCUCCUCAGUCCAGUACGUGAGCAAGAUCAGCAGAUCGAUGGCGCUCUCUCGUCGCAUGACCGCGUCCGCCCUCCUCCUGCUCUUCCUCCUCGUCGCCACGGAGAUGGGGACGACGACGACGACCAAGCUGGCGGAGGCGCGGGACUGCCUGUCGCAGAGCCACAAGUUCAAGGGCGCCUGCCUCAGCAGCAGCAACUGCGCCGCCGUCUGCCGCACCGAGAGCUUCCCCGAGGGCGAUUGCCACACGCCGCACUUCGCGCGCAAGUGCUUCUGCAAGAGGCCCUGCUAGGCCGCACGCUGGCCCCGCCCUGCCGGCCAGCGCCGAGACGUCCGAUGCUACAUCAUCCGUGCCGUUAGCUAAUAAUUAGCUUAUAUCUGUUCUGUUGGUCGGUGCGUCCAGGUUCGUCAGUCAGUCGUACUAGUUCUUAACUAGAUCAUCCGUGCCGUAACUAGUUCUGUUCUGUUCAUCGGUGCGUCCCUCUUAAUCAGUAGGACAACUAAUAAAGUAGAAAAAUCAAUCGGGGUCUCUGUAGUUUACUUCGCUGUACGCCGUGUUUAUGCCUGAUUUGUGUGUGGUGAUGUAAUAAAUAUGUUCGUUGUUUCAGCAUGGAUGGACUUGUGCAAUGCAUCCCCCUUUCCCCCCUGUCUCUGUGUAAGUGUGAUCGUGUUCAAAGGCAAAUGCUAGUAUUAUUGCUUGU